CCGAGCCAGUCGCUGGUGCUUUGUGGAAACGUUCGUUGGACGUGACCUCUUUUUUACGUGUUGUGCGCACAUGCUUGUGGCCCUGUCGAAUCGUAUUUUGUACGGGAAGGACGAGGAGCGCCGAAAAUCGCGUUUCACGAAGUAGCUCUCGGUCAUGAUCGGGACGCUAGUACUGAGUCUCGCCUUCUGCUUGGCCCGAGGUUUGGUCGGCAACUACAAGUACGAGGACUGCGGUAGCGCGGCCAAAAUCCUGUCGAUUAACGUCGAACCGUGUCACACCCACCCUUGCGUGUUCCUGCGAGGUAGAGAUACGAAGAUUCACUUCUCCAUUAUUGCAGAUCAGGACAGCGAGUGGCUGCGGCUGGAGCCGACUAUGAGGCUGUUCGGAAUGACGCUGCCUGUGCCGGGCAUCGAAAACGACAUGUGCGAGAAGGUCUACCGUUGUCCUAUAGUGAAGGGACGCAAGUACAACGGCACCAUGACUGUGCACGUGCCUUUCUACGCGCCACCAUUCGAAGUAGAGGUGCAAAUGAAGACGAUUGGCGAACGGGGAGUCAGUAUCUGCACUAGGGCCGCCAUGGUGUUUCAAUAAGAACGCGCGUGUGCUUGGACUCAGCAAAUAGCAAGCCCAACGGACUGCUGAAGCCGUUCGUGAAAAAAGAAGGCAACGUAAUCAUCAUUACUGUACUCCAAUAAAGUUCUGUUUCAAUCGCA